AUGAAGUGGAUUGCACCCCUAUUGUUGGUAGCGUUUGCGUCUGCAACAGUAUUUUUCCAAGAAGAAUUUAACGCUGACUGGGAGUCCAGAUGGGUAAAUUCUAACUGGAAGUCAGAUGGAACUCAGGCCAAAUUUAGGAGAUCAGCUGGAAAUUGGUAUGUAGAUGCUGAAAAAGAUCAAGGUCUCCAAACCACUGAAGACUAUAGAUUCUAUGGAAUCUCAUCCAAAUUCCCAGCUUUCACUAACCAAGGAAAGCCUCUUGUUGUGCAAUACACCGUUAAGAUGGAAAGAAACGUAGACUGCGGUGGUGGAUACAUUAAGAUCCUUCCAGAUGGAUUCGACCAAAGCACAUUUGGUGGAGAAACCCCAUACUUAGUCAUGUUCGGGCCUGAUAUUUGUGGAAGUGAAAAGAAAACCCAUUUGAUCUUGUCUUAUAAAGGAAAAAAUUUCCUCAACACUAACUUCCUUUUGUAAGCAUGCAAAAAUAUUUAUAAUGCAAAAACUUUUUAUAAAAAUAUUUUAAUAUUAUAAUGAAAUCUCGAACUUAUAUUUUUAAGACAUAAUUUAUUAAUAAAAUUGUAGACUGUUGAGCUUUUUUUGCACACCAGCAAACUGAUCUAAUGGUUGCGAUUAGCCGCCUAUUUUUACUGGGAAAUAGAUGACUGGUUGUGAGACCAGUUAGUUAGUGCCCAAAAAAAGGCUUAACGGCCUAUAAUUUUUACUUUCGAAUCAGAUUUUUUAAACUUUAAAAAAAUUAAUAUAAAAUUGAAAAAAUUGAAAAAAAUUAACUAGAGAGUAAGAGAUUCAGAUGUGAAACAGAUAACUUAACACACCAAUACACAGCUAUCAUUUUCCCAGACAACACUUACCAGUUUUUGAUUGAUAACCAAGAAGUGUCUAAAGGAACUCUUGAAGAGCAUUGGGAUAUUCUGCCUAAGAAAGAAAUCAAAGAUCCAAGUGCCAAAAAGCCUGAUGACUGGGUUGAUGAGCCAACUCUGCCGGACCCAGAAGAUAAAAAGCCAGAAGGAUGGGACGAUAUUCCUGAAUUGAUUCCAGACCCUAACGCAUCUAAGCCUGAAGACUGGGAAGAAAAAGACGGAGAAUGGAAAGCACCUAUGAUCCCUAACCCAGAAUACAAAGGAGAAUGGAGGCCAAAGAUGAUUCCGAACCCAAGCUACAAAGGACCAUGGACUGCCCCAACCAUUCCUAACCCUGAGUACGUUGCAGAGCCAAACCUCCACGCUCUUGGAACCUAUGGAGGUGUUGGUAUUGAACUUUGGCAAGUCACUUCUGGAAUAAUUUUCGAUAAUAUCAUUGUCACUGAUAGCGUAGAAGAAGCUAAAGCAUUUUCUGAAAAAACUUUUGCCCAUAGACUAGCUGGAGAACCUGACGCAAAGAAAGCUUAUGAUGAAGCAGAAGAGGCUAAGAGACCUAAGCCACAAGAAACUGAAGAUGAGCAUGAUCAUGAUCAUGAAGGAAGAGAAGAUCUUUAA